UCUUAUGAUCCUCAGCGACGCUUCGCGAAAUCAACUAUGAUGAGACCGAAGAAGAGACUAGAAAAGACGUAGAGGAAGAAGUGAGAAGAGUCAGUGGGAGUCACGAUCUAACAGGGUUGGAUCAUCAUUGAGACAUUGGUCCGCGUCAGUCGUGAAGAAGAUCUCGUAGAAGAUUCAAACUAUGCAGCCGUAUCCCAUUAUCCUAAUCUUCCUCGCGAGUAUGGUACUCGCGAGAUAUCAUGAAAAGACGCGUUUUGAUCGUUCCAUUCAUAACGAAUACAACGUAAGAAAUAUAGAAAAGCAAUGGUCUUUUACUGACAACAUGACGCAAUUCAUUGCAUACAAGAGCAGGAAAGAGAACGAUUGCUAUCUUGAGAAUAUAAAGCAAGAUCAAAAUGUAUCACAUAAGAAACGGCAACCAAAGAUACUUUAUGCAUCGACAGCCCUAAUAAAAUUGGAGGCAUGGCAACUUGCUGGAGGCCGAAUUGUUGAUUUCUGUAAUGGACGUAGGAUCAUCUUGCUGCAGACAAAUAAACCUAUACCUGGGCAAACUCUCGAUCCUUUUCUAAAUGAAAUCCCUGUAGACGAGAAUGACAUUUUUCCAAGACGAAUAGUUGAUGUGGUUUUAACACCACUGAAAGCUCGGACCAAGAGACAAAUUCAACUCGAACAACGGGAGAAAUUGAACGAAAAUUCUAACAGAAUUCGCCUGGUUCGUCAACAGACGAAUCAGUUUCGAGGAAAAUUUCGCGGACAAACGCAAUCUCAAUAUUUGAAUCUCGGUAACCAUGAACAGAAGGAAGGCAAGGCGGAAGCUGAAGCCACUCAGCAAUCUUCACGCGCAGUAGUUAGCGGCAGUCGUGGUAUGGGUCAAGCGCAAAGUAUGUCGUCAAGUGGUCCAGGUUGUGAAGAUUGUCCUGGAUAUUCCGGUAUAGAGGGAGGUCCGGAUAAGAUAAGGCCACUGCCCACGGAUACUGAUAGAUAUAUACAACGCCCACCUAUUGGUGGUACACCUGUUAUUACACGUCCUGGAACAGAAGUAACUACAGGCGUACUUUAUCCUGGCGGCGUUACUCCUGAUGGACAGAUAACAUAUCCAGGCGGAGUGAUUCCUGGAAGAGUCCAUACUUAUCCCGCUGUUCCAGGAGUUAGUCCAGGAAUUUAUCCGGGAGGUAUACAACCUGGAACCGUGAUACCGGAAACUGAUAAAUUAUAUUCUGGAGGAGUUCGUCCAGGAACUGUAAUAUCGGAAACUGAUAAAAUAUACCCUGGAGGUAUUCGUCCAGGAACUGUGACACCAGGAACUGAUGGAACGUAUCCUGUCGGUGUUCGACCUGGAACUAUGAUACCAGGGAGUGAUGCAACAUAUCCAGGAGGUGUUCGGCCUGGCACUGUGACUCCAGGAGUUGGUGCAACAUAUCCUGGAGAUGUUUGGCCUGGCACUAUAACUCCAGGAGUUGGUGCAACAUAUCCUGGUGGUGUUCAGCCUGGCACUAUAGCUCCAGGAGUUGGUGCAACAUAUCCUGGAGAUGUCCGGCCUGGCACUGUAACUCCGGGAGUUGGUACAACAUAUCCUGGAGCUGUCCAGCCUGGUACUGUGAUUCCAGGAGUUGGUGCAACAUAUCCUGGAACUAUUCAGCCUGGCACUGUGACUCCAGGAGUUGGUGCAACAUAUCCUGGAAGUAUUCGGCCUGGGACUGUGACUCCAGGAGUUGAGACAACAUAUCCUGGAGCUCUUCAGCCUGGAAGACCUGGGGUAAUAACAGGAGUUGGAACAGGUGUUGAGACCUAUCCAGGAGGAAUUUAUCAACCUGGAGUCCAUCCAGGACAAGGUACCCAUCCUUCUGAUGGAGUGGUAACUACUUCAAUAACAACGGGUGCUACUGCUGUUACUGGCGUUAAUACAUAUCCGGGUGGUAUAACACCUGGAAAAGGCUUACCAGGCGUAACAUAUCCGGCAGUUUCUGAAACAGGAAUUUAUCCUGGAACUGGAAUCUAUCCUGGCGGUGUUCGAUCUGAUACCGUCUCAGGAACAAGAGCCGACACAUAUCCUUAUGGCGUUGCUCCAGGAAGAACAACAGAUCAAGGAAUUUAUCCCAGUGAUGGACAACAGACUGGCAUGUCUUAUCCCGGUGGUGUUCCAUCAAGUACUUUGCCAGGACAAGUGGUCACGACCACAGGUUCAGUAGGUGCUGGUACACAAAUAAUAACUUAUCCAGGUGGUCGAAUAACAGACGGGCAAGCAAUUUAUCCAAGUCCUAGUGGUACUAUUCAAUCUAGAAUUCCUGAAGGAGUAAGUGGUGCUCCAGGUACUAAAGUUAUGUAUCCGAUAGGUACAUAUCCCGGAAGUGCUACUAUACCAGUUACAUAUCCCGGAGGUGGCACAUAUCCUGGUAGUAUGCAACAAGUUACUUCUCCCGGUGUUAUUUUAUAUCCCGGUCAAGCAAUCUAUCCUGGUGGGAUUGACCAAGUGUCACCAUACCCAGGCGGACAACAUCCAGGUGCAGGCACCGAAAUUUCUAGAGGAACAGGCAUACCAGGAGGUAUUCAAUAUCCAAUAGGUACAAUCGAAGGUCAAAGAACAACUGGAGAAACAAGAACAGAUAUCACUGGCCAAUAUCAUGGUCCAUAUCCUGGCGAAAUUAGCGGUCAAGGAAUAGAAACUGGUCAAUAUCCAGGAAGAUUUUACACAGGAAUGGGUGAAACCGCAGGAACCGGAGAAAUAUCGCAAGUUGGAGGUCCAGGUAGACCAGUGGGUAUAAUGGACAACGGUGCCGAGUCGCAGGCAUCGAGCUCCGUGCAGCAGAUAGAGUCAGGUACUCAAGCGAGCGCAUCGGCUCAAGGUAAAUACGGCUCGGGUACGGCUCAAUCGCAGGUAACGGGCACCUACAGUGGCUCAGGUACCUUCUCUGCACAGGCCGGUACCAGCGACGCCAACAAAAGCGUUCAGACUGAGAUUAGUGGCGGCAAAGAAGGAGCUACCAGUAUCGCGCAAGGCAUCGCCGAUCACGGUAAGAGUCAGACACAAGUUCAGCUGGAUUCCGAUUCCGGAGCUACUUCGACAGGCGCCCAGAGCAGCGGGUGGAAUCAUGGUACUAAUUCUCAGGUACAAGCAAGCUCCAGAGGCGGAAUGGCGGACGCUCAGGCUAACGGUGAAGGUAGCACCUCUAGUCAAGCGCAAAUCGGGUUCCAGCCAUACUUGAAGAACGAAGAUGAAAAGAUAGAGAAAAACGUGACACCGUUUCGCGGUAGCGGAACAGCAUCAGCUCAAAGCGGCAUCCAUCAAGGUCAAUCCCAGUCGCAAUUGCAGGGUUCCUUCCAAUACGGAAUCACCUAUACCGGUGCAGCUCAAGCUGGUUCCGGAUCCGGCGUCGCAUCAUCACGAAAACCCUUCAAUUUUAACAUCACCGACACCGAAGUUUUCAAGCCCUUCAAACCAGACCCUCCUUUAAAGAAACCGGCAAACAUCGAUAGUGCGCAAUCGAGUCCAUCGACAAGUCAAAAUUAUGAGAAUAAGCAAGACGAUCAUGAAAAAGGCUUGCAGAGUAGUUCGACCUCGAAACAGACUGUUGUUGUGAGUUCCAAAGACAACCCAUCUAAUGAUAAAAAAGUGAGAACUACUGAGAAAUCACAAACGGAUGAUUCAACAUAUGACGAGUAUGACGAGUACACGGACGAGGAAGAUUAUUCCACGGGUUCAAGGUUGACAAUCCAGGAGAAGUUUUCGGAAACUUUGCCAAGUCCGGAUCAUCAAAAACUCAGUAAAACUACUCAACAACAAAGCCACGGUCAAAUACAAACAAUACAGGUCGCCAAGGGAAAGCAGUACGGCGUUCAAGUCAGCCAAGAUUCGAACGUACCGCGAACAGGCGAUACUUUGCAACCAGGACAAUCUGUAUCAGGAUAUACUAUCCCGGAUGGCUUUCGUGGUAGAGUAGUAUCGACUUCUGGUACUAAAACUAUCGCCCAAGGUGACGGCGAGUCUCAAUCGCAGACCGUAUCCUUGAUACCAAAGGAUCUGAAUAAUACCAAGUCGCCCGUCACGGAGACUAGGUCGCUUCAAACCAAUCACGAACGUUACAUCGGCCGGCAUACAUCGAACAGUAAGAGCCAAAGUUCUUUUGUUAAUCAAAAUGUAUCUUCCGAUAAGCGCGCGAGACCUACUCCCGCAGUGGCUAUGAAACCGAGUUAUUACACUGUGACUAAUAGUUUUGCUGGUAAGAUAAAUGGAAGCAACGAGCCGAAAAAGUAUGAACAUCGAUAUUACACCAAGAGUUCCACUUGCGGAUAUUUCACGUUCUCCUGCAAUGUCGUGUACGGCUCCAAUGGCAGAACAAAGAUUUGUAAGCCAAAAGUGCCAACGUAUCCCGAUGGCACGCCUAUGAAAUGUUGAAUAACUAAGAUUUAUUCGUCGCGAGAUGCGACAAUAAUUAUUUUCUAUAAUCGCUUCUGUAAAGCAUCAUGCGUUAAAUCAUUUUUCGCUUCACCUGUAACAUGAAAAUAAAAUUUAAGUAAGUUGUUUAUAGUAUAAAUUAGAUCAUAUUUGAUUAAUUAUCAAUUGCUUACACGCGCGCCAUAUUCCGCACUGUAACUCAUUCUAUCAUAAAUUUAAAUUGUAUAUUUCGCACUCUUUAGCAGCUUUCAGCAAAUAAAAUAAAUGUGAAAAUAAAAUAGAUACGACAGAAAACCCUCAAUCUUAUGGAUCAAUAAAGACUUUAAUUUUUUUCGAAAAAUUCAUAAGAUUGAAAGUUGUAAUACUUGUUGUAUAUACUUUAACGUUAUACUUUUUUUUAUUAAGAUAUUCUAAAUUAUUGUUUGUAUAGCAUAAUAAACACGAUACAUGCUAC